AUGGAUUCACCAAGUCGCGAAUCGGAAGUAAAUGUAGUGUCUAGCCCCGAACCUAGUCCUGGUUUGCAUCGGCCCUACCGCGCGGAUUCGAGACCAGAAACGCCACCGCAGCAGAAAACAGCGCCAAGUCAGGCGGGCAGCACGGGAUAUACGUCAUUUUCAAUAUCGAGUAUACUGAGCAGGCAUGAACCGUCAAAGAGGUUUGGAAGUUCAACAGCACAGACGGGGUCACCAAUAGGACUACUGCCGGCAGCCGCAGCAGCAGCAGCCGCCGGUUCUACACCAUGUGGAGACGCUGCUAUGCUAUCAAGGCUAGGAUUCAUAUCUCAAUGGGGCGCUUUGGCCGGACGGUACGCCGCGCUCUGCCCACCUGGCUGGCCGUGGGGAGCGGCUGGUCGUCUGCCUUUCCAUAGUCCUACGCACGAUGGUUCGAGUACGACGAAUGACGAGGUGUCGCCCCCACAGUCUCCUCACGGACAAAACGCCACAUGUGUUGACAGUACGCAAGGAGCGCGCUCUUCGCCGCCGUCCGCCAAUUCCCAUCACCCCGCGUACCUGAGCUCGUCCGCCGUCGAUUCGGAAGGCGAAGCAGACAUUGACGGCGAUUGCGACGAAGGCGUGCACGACCGUAGCGCGGACAGCGGUUCUCCGGGGGCACCCAACGGCUCUAACGGAAGCAACAAUCUCGGAAAACGUAAGAAAAAAACCCGAACGGUUUUCUCUAGAGCGCAGGUCUUCCAAUUGGAAUCAACUUUCGACAUGAAACGCUACCUCAGCAGUUCGGAGCGAGCUGGACUUGCAGCAUCUCUACGUCUUACCGAAACACAAGUCAAAAUCUGGUUCCAAAAUCGCAGAAAUAAAUGGAAGAGGCAACUAGCAGCUGAAUUGGAAGCAGCAAACAUGGCACAUGCGGCUCAGAGAUUAGUUAGAGUUCCUGUAUUGUAUCACGAAGGAGCGCCCGCCGGGUAUCCACCACCGCCCACGCUUUAUUAUCAUCCUCCCCCCGGUGGAAGUCCGCCGAGACCACCACUAUCGGGACUCGUUUAA